AUGGUAUUUUGCACAUGUCAAAAAAAGCCCCGUGUCAAAGAGCAUUUGAAGGAACCCGGGACAAUGUCCUUUUAUGGAGUCGGAAGAGCCCCAUCAAGUGGAGGUGAGGAGCGGUGUGAAGAGGCCGGCCGGUAUUGUCUGCCGAAGGUAAAUAGGGUGCUGUUUAACCUAAGUUUGCUAUUUAAUUUGCGCGAUUUGGUCGUAAAGUACUAUGAGUCUGGACGCCGUGAAGUAGCAUCAUUUAGUCAUGAUGUCCGUCCUUGGAACUGUCCGGCAGAUGUCAACGGUGAUGAGGGUACACGCAUAAGUCCUAAUUGGACAUCUACUAUAAACUCGAAACGGUUUGAUGCCACACUACGACGAUCCUUAUUGUUUAAAUUACAGCCACUUUUCUAA